UAACUUUUACCUGGUAUCUUGGUUUGAAAGAGCAAGAACGUUUGUGACUGUCAUCGACCUAAAUGAGAAUAAAUUUUUGAUGUUACUGCUUGAAGACUUCUUUGAUUCUGCAUUGGUGAUUUGCAAAUGCAGUAAUGAAGGGAAGAAAGAGGUAGUGAAUUUAUUUUUGCCUGAACUAGGGCACCUAGUGACGGAACCAAAUCUUGGCUGCGCUCUGCAUCUGGAGGCCUUGAGGACCCUCAACUCUAUACUUGACAGUGUCCCGCGGGAGGAGAGAAAGAAGUUCCCUCUCUCUGAGGAGAUAUGCUCACUCACGAAAGACCUUGCAAAAACUAUACUGGAAGUUGGUGAUUAUGACCUUCAGGUUGCCCUCUCAGAAGCACUCUGUAGGUUAAUGAUAAAAAAAUGGAGAGAUGACCUUGUUCACCACUGGUUUGAAGAUAGUUAUCUUGCUGAAGCUUUCAAAGAGAUCAAGGAUCGAGAAUUUGAGACGGACUGCAGAAAAUUUCUUAACCUACUAAAUGAAAGGCUUGGAGAUAAAAGAAGAGUCUUCUCGUUUCCUUGCAUAUCUGCUUUUGCUGACAUGAAUGAGGUGAAGAAGCCAUCAGAUGAGAAACUGGAGGAAUUUUGGAUUGACUUCAACGCUGGCAGCCAGAGUGUGACUUUCUAUGUGGAUUGUGAUGAGGCAGCUCUUUGGGACUCUGUGAGGCUGUCAAAAGAAAAUGUCAACAAUUACAGUGUGAAGGAGAAGGAUAGACAAAAGAUUGUUAAAAUUUUCAUGAAGAUACCCACUGCUCUUAACAAAACAGAAGUAACAAAAAUCAAACUGAUUUUCAGUGCUGAGUUUGAAAUAUUAAAUGUACUUGGAAAAGUCUUAGGAGAAGAAAAACUGAUGAUAGUUGAAUCUGAAGAUGAGACUGUUCACACUGGGAAGGAAGCCACGCAGAAUGAAGAAGCACCUGUGCCCUCUAAUGCACAGAGGAGGAAAGAUCCUUCAAACUCUGAAAAUAUGGAGACUCAAGAAGACAACUUAACCUCUCAGCACAGACAGCAGUUAACAGGCAUUGUAGCAAAAAUGGUCAACUCUGGUGUUGCCAUGGUUACAGUGAGCCAGCAGACUGGCCUGGAAGAUGCUAACCAAGAAGAAAACUCCAAAGCUCCAUCUCCAGUGAUGAAAGCUAAGCCUAGUGAGAAGCCCCUAGAAGAAGAACCUAUGGAUGAAUCGCUGCCAAAGGUUGUUACCACCAAAAAGAGAAACAGGAAAACGAGUUUGGCCAAGAAGAGGGCUGAAGGCAGAAAGGAACUCUAUGAUUUUGAAAACUCUGACUCCUCAAGUCGUGGAAAGGUUACUGAAGCCAAACGAAAAAUUCUUGCCCAGAAAACUUCUUCGCAAAGUCAGAGGACUUAUGAAACAAGAAGUAAGAACAAGGAAUCAAACAGUCUUGAGAGAAGACAGUCCAGUUACAGGAAACAUCUUUUCUCUGAAAGCAACAAUGAGAAUGCAAGCUCUGCUGAGAGUGAGAAAAGCUGGAUCCUUGACUCUCAGAAAAAGUUCGUGCCAAAAUUGUUGUCGGUUGAUUAUACCCGAAAAAGACACAAUGUGAGAAGUAAAUUAAAAGUGCUUCCAGUAUCUUCUGCAAGUAGUGGCAGUGACUAUGAGUCAAAGAAGGAGGGAGAAUCUAAGCAAAGAGGUCAAAAGGAGGUGCUAAGGAAAAACACAUUUAACUCCAAGGGAGAUGAUUUACCCACAGUGAAUCUUGCAGAUGAAAUGCUCUCAGAGGAGCUUGGAGGGAGUCCACUACCACUUGAAGCGCCUGCUGAGAGCCCUGCCAAUGAUGUGGACAAGCCCACACAGAAGUUUCACAGUACACUGGACAAAUUAUCGAGAGAGGAAGAAAGUGCCAAGCGGAAGGACUCAGAUAUAUUGAGUAGCACUAUCAUAAAAAAACCUAAGUUUUCUAGUUUGGAGAAAAUUCACUUGCCCUCUGAGGUUAACCAUGUACCGAAGAAAAUUUCUGGGUCCGUAGAAGAGGAAGUAGAGAUCCAGAAAGGUCAGGAAAUGGAUGCUAGUACAGAUGAUGUGUUCUUUUCCAAGAUGCUUCAUGAAGACUUGAGUGAUUCAGGAGUGAUUUUUGCCUUUGAAACCUUUAUUGGCCAACUGAAGAAAUUUUUAUGGUCCCGGUAUAAAAGGAUUGAGGUCAACACACAGGAUGCCCUGAGAUCUUCAGAGAAGAACUUGUCUGCCCUGCUGAGCCAGAUACACGAGUGUAGACUGAAUAAAUUUGAGACUUUCCAGAAGAUUGUUGUUGAAGAGCUUGCCAGCCUUGAGAAGGAAACUCAGAUUCUGGCAACCAUGGAGAAGGAUGCACUGGAUUUUUGGAAUGCACAGCUGCUCAAACUGAAUACUUUCUGCAACCAGCAAAAGCAAAGAAUGGAAUCUGUUGACUCAGCUCUGGGUGAAACAGCCAAGAGUUUUGCUGAUGCUGUCCAGAAUACAAAGUAUGAACACCCAGUGAAGAAGGCAGAGGAAAACAACGUGUUAAUUGUUUCUUCUGACUAGAAAACCCCUGAAUUCACUAUUGCUCGUGACAUUUGAGCACUUUGUGUGCAGCAUAGAGAAGAUGGUUCUGUGAAGGAUGUUAGUCUAUGUUAAAUGAAAAGAAAAAAGAGGAGGAAAAACGUUAUGUUGAGCUGGUUUUUUGCCUGAAAAGAAUAUCUAGUGCUAAGUGGUCCAACUGCGAUCCUUGUGUGGAUUACAAGUUCCUCUGAAAAAUUGCAAGAUUGGGUCCAUUAUACAUCACAGAAAUUUAAAAAAUGAACCAAAGAUAAUGAUAUAGCCAUCACAUAGAUGGAUAUGUUGACUUAAUUUGACUGUUCUGCUAACACCUUUAUCAAGUGUAAAAGUGCUUAACAAUUGAUUCAAAGUAAAAAGUUGUUUGCAUAGGGUAACAAUCUCACUCUUUCUUUCAAAUUGAUGCACUGUGAGUGUCUGGAAAGAUAGUCUAGAGUCCUGUGUACCUUGCACAGGUUGUGUCAAAUAUAGCCUCUCCUGUGUGCACCUAAGUGUGGGAGCUGCUGGCUUGGCACCAUUCCCACUCAGUUCUGGCUUGCAGAGCUGCAGAGGGGGAUCUAUUGGCCAGAUGCCUGAUGGCAAGCUGGAGACUGUGGAGGGCAAGAAAUUUGGAGAACUGAACAGAAAAUGGCCAGAGAAGCAAGAGAAAUUAUUUUGCAGCCGGUGACUUUUGCCUCCAAGGAGCGUUCAGAAUACAGUGAACAACUCUAGGAUUGAACAAAACAGCAUCACAGGUGUCUGGAAAGUAAGCAGCAGAUAACCCAUGCUAUUUAAUACUGUUCUCUGCUGUGACAGAGCUUGACAGAGUUCCCCAGAUUAUGGUCGCUCUUCACAAGAGUGUGCUCUUGCAAAACCAGCACUAGUGCUAAUGCACCUUUAUGAAUUUGUGAGAACAUGGCAGGUUUCCAGGCUUCGGAUUUCUAUCUCCUUAACUUAUAUAACCAGCCUCAGAUUGCUGUAUGGGUUAGAGUUGAGGGAACCCUCCCCCGCACAAAAUGUACCUUCAUAGCAAAAGCCCAAACCCUGGCAGGGUUUGUUUUGCAAUUGAAAUAGGACUGAUGUUGUUCCUGCCUGAGAAGGUCACACAGAGUAGCACCAGCAUAGAGAACAGCAAGAAGCUGCAGUUGCCAUUGCUUUACCAUUUUAUGCUUGUUCCUUUAUCUUAAGUAGUCCUGACUAGGAUUGGCAUGAGCUAAAGUUUGUUCAUCCACAUCAAGACACACUUGGUGCUUUCUUCCUGGGGUGGUUUAAAAGAAAAUACCUGUUCAACCCUGCCCUUUCCAAAGGUCAGGUCUACUGGUCUACCCCCUCCUAUUCCUAAAGUGAAGGGCUGAAAUGCUGAUUUCACAUCCAUGGGUUUGUUCAUGUUUCUUCGAGGGCUGGCCUUAGUGACCUGGCUGCACUGCAUCCUCCCGCUUCUCUUCAGUGCUGUUGUUUUAUUCUAGGCUCUCAAAGCACUCAGCUGAAGCAGCUGAGACUUUUGGGAGAUGAAGCUGCAACCUCUAUGAGCAGUUGUGUUUGAGUCUGGUAAAACUAGUUUUGCAUCUCUGGAGCAGAGUUUUGGCAU